CACAACUUGGCCAACAGCUCGCAGCUUCACCUCUAGGACCCCGCCAAAGAGCCCAACAACGAGACACCUUCGCGACACUGGACGAGGGGAAUAGUUGAAAACGGAGGAUGGAUAUUGACUGAAACCAUCAUGUCUGUCAUUCUCUGCACAGCUGGUUACGACCAUACCAUCAGAUUCUGGGAGGCUCUCUCCGGGAUAUGUUCCCGCACGAUCCAACACCCAGACUCGCAGGUGAACCGCCUCUGCAUCAGCCCCGACAAGCGCUACCUAGCCGCGGCCGGCCACCACACCGUCAAGCUCUACGACAUCAAGUCGACGAACCCGAACCCCUUGCUGACUUUCGAAGGCCAUACGGGCAACAUAACCGGCGUCGCCUUCCACUGCGAGGGAAAAUGGAUGGUGACCUCGAGCGAGGACGGCACCGUCAAGAUCUGGGAAACGCGGUCGGGCACCAUCCAGCGUAGCUACAACCACGGCAGCCCCGUGAACGAUGUGGUGAUCCACCCUAACCAGGGCGAGAUCAUCAGCUGUGAUCGCGGCGGCAGCGUCCGAGUCUGGGACCUGGCGGAGAAUAACUGCAGCCAUCAGUUGAUUCCCGAGGAGGACGUUAGUGUGAGCAGCGUGACGGUCGCCAGUGAUGGAUCGUUGCUUUGCGCUGCGAAUAAUGCCGGCAAUGUCUUCGUCUGGGCCCUGAUCCAAACCUUCGAACGCACCCAACUCCUCCCCGUAACCCACUUCUCCGCCCACAAAGAAUACAUUACCCGCAUCCUCCUCUCCCCCGACGUCAAAAAACUCGCCACCUGCUCCGCUGACCACACCGCUAAAAUCUGGGAAGUAGCCGACGUCGACCCAACCGUACCAACCCCCCUCCCCGUAUCCAGUAUCAAUACUCUCCCCUCCUCUCCCAACAACAACGGUAACAACCCCAACCCCUUCAUUAACGGCAACGGUAUCAUUCACCAUGGCUCAUCAGACUCCAACUUCAACGCCAUCGCCAACACCAACCUGCCUGACGCGCCAAAACCCUACCCCCUCGAAGCAACCCUCCAGGGGCACCAACGCUGGGUCUGGGACUGCGCCUUUAGCGCCGAUAGCGCGUACCUUGUGACGGCGUGCUCAGAUCACUACGCGCGGCUUUGGGAGUUGCAUAGUCAGCAGGUUAUUCGCCAGUAUAACGGCCACCAUCGGGGCGCGGUUUGCGUCGCGCUUAACGACUACUCGGAGGCGAGAUAGGACUCGGACCCGACAUUACGGCGCGGCGAGCUCGAGGGCGGGGUUGCGAGGGUCGAGGAUAAUGUGGCUACGGCCGAUUGGGUCAGGGAACAGCAGGAAGCGAUCAAAUUGGACGAGGAUACUGCAUCCAAGUGGAGUGAUAUCGAGUCGGAGGCCAUCUUGAGUGGUGAUUCGGAUUGGUGGGUUGAGAAGCAACGCGAGGUUUGAUUGGUUGCGAAUCGGUAUUCGUACUUCGUUUCAGGGGUAAAGAGAGAAAUCAUCUGUCUUUCUGGCCAGGCGUUCAAGGUUGGUAAGUUCGAGCUUGGGACGGGAGUUUGCAACACGAUUUGCAUGCGCGUGAAUGCCGUACUGCGAUAUAUUGAAUUGGAUUGCAUUGCUUAGAUAGGCUACUAUCAAUAAA